AUGACAUUUGGAGACUUCGGGUCGCAAAGAUUUGUCUUCGCGCAACUGGGAGCUGUUCUUCCCUCCAUCGUGCCCAUCGGCUUGCCUACAGUACCGACCAACGAUAAUCCCGGGUUACCCGUCCUGCCCAGCAACUUCUCGACUAACGGAUAUACGACUUCGAACAACUCUCUCGCAGCAGCCCAAAUAUUCGUUUAUCGUGUCCCGCACUCCACCAUCGAAUUGCACGUCAGAACCACUAAUCCUAUCGACGGCCAAAUCCUUGGAAGCACUCUCCUCAGGAUCCACGAAUUUAUCAAUGACGAGAUCAGUCGUCACGGCGGUGGGCCCCUUGGCCCCAAGGAUGACCCCUUCGUCUGGGAGACAUCCGGCUCUCCUCGCAACCUGGCAGCAGGCCUCACGACGAACAACUUGCCCUUGAAGCUUACGGUAGAGAGUGUGCCUGGAGAGCAUGUGACAUGGGUCGUGUUGCUCAUUGCGGUCGAAGGGCUGUACUUGUGUUUGCCGGCCGUGGGGAGAGAUUUUGGAACGCAAUUUGAGAUCUGGGACUGGAGAUAUCAAGCGCAAUGGGGGUCUGGAGAAGUGAAGAAAGUGAAACCCGUGACUGGGGAGUCUGUGGAGACGGCAAGGAUAAGAAGUGGCGCAGAAGAAGUUAUACCUUGA